AGUAAUAAGGAGCAGCUAACGUUCAACAUAGCUGCCAUUCAAAUACGUUCGGUUGAAGACUUGAACUUGACUAACUUGAUAAAAGAGGAUGCCAACUCCAAUCUAUUCUACUUACUUGUACACUCUUGGUCGUUGAAUGGAACCAAUGGCUCUAUUACACCGAGCCAUGCGCACGACACAAAGCCAACAUGCUUGGAUGCUGCCUCCUCUCACCAUUUGGAUUUGUGGCAUUUUCAAUCACACUCCGUUACGGCUAUUACGCCAAUUCCCGCCUCCUGCUUGGCCCUGCCUCCUCCCGUUUUAUCAAGGCCAGCUCCGUUUUUGUCAAGCAGCUUCAUGUAUCAAACGGAAACAACAAUCAAGUUAUUCUUCAUGCCUUCAAUCAGAAACCUGAGUUAAGCUCCCAAACUAAUUGGACCGUCUCCAAUUUCUUCCUUGUUCAACCCUACAAAACCAAGGGGAUUUCUUUGUGGUUAAAUCAGGGCUCCACCGUGCGUAUGAGGUGGGAAACGCACACUACUAGUAGUUUGGACUUGGAUCAGCUACAUGGGAUGGUUAUCAAAGGAGAAAACAGGUUUGAACUACUACGGGCUAAACAAACGAGCUUCCCCAAUGCAAUUGCUCUUCGCCAGACUGUUAUUGGUAAAGAUGCUGAAUACAUCGUUGAGGAAGAUGAUAAAUACCACAUUGGGGUUCUAAACAUGAAUGCCAGGAAAAUAAUCUUGAAUAUGGAAGUUAAUGUUUCGGCAAAGGUAUAUGAUACCACCAAAGCCAAGAAGAUGUGCUCCACUGCAAAUGGGUCCUGUAGGCUUAGUUUGGUCUUCCCUAAUACUCAAUAUGUUAUACUUACGGCAACCAACGAUGGAGAUGGGGGAUAUGUUGAAAUUACUUUAGUGGCUCGUGUGUUGGUCUACAUAUUACUUUUAGGAUUUCUUAUGAUUGUUGUUUAUCUGAUCCUGAAAUUCCUUGGAGUCUAUGAUAGUAUUAGUGAUGAUCAGAAUAAUCAAGUGAGAGUGGACACAUACAGACCAAAUAAUGUAGUUGCAACGCAAACCGAAACUGAGCCCAUGUUGCGAGUGGAGACAAAUCGAUUGUCACAUGGAACAAAUGCAGAAGAUGAUGAAGACGAUUCAGGAGCAUCUAGUUGCUCUUCAGAGGAGUUAUAUGAUGAAAAAUUAUGUGCCAUUUGUUACGAUGAACAACGCAACAGCUUCUUUGUUCCUUGUGGACAUUGUGCCACGUGCUAUGACUGUGCACAGAGGAUUAUGGAAGGGGAGAGUAAAGUGUGUCCUAUAUGCCGAAGGCUUAUCCACAAAGUGCGAAGAUUAUAUCACAAUUAAGCUUAUGAACUUGUCUGGUAGUGAGUUGAUUUGAGGGAUAGUAUAGAUAGUGGGGAAAAUUUGAUAGGAAAUUAGACAUUGGGAGUAGGUUUUGUGAAGAGAACUAGUGAUGUUAUUUUUGUCUUUUUCCAUGCCUCAAAUGUACUUCUAUGGCUUUCUAUUUUUUUGCAUGAAGCUGCAGGGGAAUGAGUUAUUAUGAUUUGGGCAGAGUUCAUAUCUUAGGUCAACUGUAACGGGUGAGCAUCCUGGUUUUUGCUUGGUGAGCAUUUCUUAUGAACUAUUGUCUCUUUUCCAGAAUAUGCGAAAGAAAAUGUAUGAUAACUUUAAUUUCA